AUGGCUUCCUCAGUCAAAGUUGAUAGAGAUGGGUUGGCAACAAAAGCUUUGGAAUCAUUAUUGUCACAUUGCGAUACUGAUCCAAAAUUGAAGCAAGAUAAAAAUGUUCAUAUGAUUCUUUAUAUGGGUAAGAAGAUGGGUGCCAAAAAGGAUAAUGUUCCUCGCAUCAUCCCAUUGCAAUCCUGUAAGCUAGAUAAACCGAAAGAUUUACGUGUCCUGCUUAUUAGCAAGGAUCCCUCUACAAAUUACCGUCAAGCAUUGACAGACCAUGAGGCCACAUCUGACCUUUUCAAAGAGAUAAUAAGUGUGAAAAAUCUGAAACGUCGAUUUAGAGGAGCCAAGAUGAAUCAGUUGUAUAAGGAGUUUGAUUUAAUCGUGGCAGAUUUCCGUGUUCAUCAUUUAUUGCCUGAUGUUUUAGGUAGUAGAUUUUAUCAUGGGAACAAGAAGUUGCCUUUUGUCAUACGAAUGUCGAAGGCAUUGCCAAUGAAAGGCCAAAAGAUGGCCGAUGAAUGUGAUCCGCCUUACGUGAGAGCACAGCUGAGAAGCAUUUGCAAAAAUACAUCAUACGUUCCAAACAAUGAUAACUGUCUCAGCGUCAGGAUUGGUCAAGUGCAGAAAACAUCAGUAGGUGAAAUGGUCGAAAAUAUCCAGGAUGUAAUAAGCUUCUUAAGUGACAAGACCAAGAGACCCCAAGGUGGAGUAAUAAAAGGUGGCAUCGUGUCGAUCUUCGUUAAGACGAGUAACAGUCCAAGUUUACCAAUUUACGAGAAACCUCAAGAAGUUGCGGAGCAAAUCCAUGAAGAGACCUUGAGAUUGUAA